CACACCAAAAAUCCACACACCAUAAUUAACAUAAAAGGAAAUAAAAAAAAAGAGGGAAUCCAAUAAAACCUAGAUUUGAAACAGAGUCAGAGAGAGAUGAAUGAAAGUUGAAAACAAUUACACAAAGAAGCAAAAAAGUAAAUGCCAAAAUUUCCAGUUUCCACCGUGAGCGGGAACCACUGCUUCAGCCAAAUUUCGAAACCACGCGCCUCCGCAAUCCACCAAUAACCUCCAAAAUUUUCCGCUUCUUCUUUCUUAAACCCCAUUUCCUCUUUCUCUUCCUUCACCACUCUCCACCAUUUUCACUCUCUUCUCCACCUUCCAUGGCCGACAAAGAGAACAUCGCCGCCGUGCUCCGCCCCCAGCGCGAGGCCAAGAAGCGGGCCGCAGCUGCGUUAUGCGAACUUCGCCCCAAGAAGAAGCGUGUUGUGUUGGGGGAGCUUACCAAUCUCUCUAGCCCGGCGGAAAAGCCCACAUCGGAGAAGAGGAGGAGGGUCGGAAAAUCGAAGGCGCCGCCGCCGCCGGAGAAGCGGGAUGACCCUCAAAUGUGUUUGCCUUACGUUUCUGACAUCUACGAGUAUCUUCGGAGCAUGGAGGUGGAUCCUAGUAAAAGACCAUUACCAGAUUAUGUGCAGAAAGUUCAAAGGGAUGUUAAUGCUAACAUGAGGGGUGUUUUGGUGGAUUGGUUGGUGGAGGUUUCUGAGGAGUAUAAGCUUGUUUCGGACACGCUUUAUUUCUGUGUUUCUUACAUUGAUAGGUUCCUCUCUUUGAAUUCUUUGUCUAGACAGAAGCUGCAGUUACUUGGGGUUGCUUCCAUGCUUGUUGCUUCAAAAUAUGAGGAGAUCAAGCCACCUGAGGUGGAGGAUUUUUGCUACAUUACAGACAACACAUACUCCAAGGAAGAGGUUGUGACAAUGGAGGCUGAUGUAUUGAAGUCAUUGAAGUUCGAAUUGGGUGGUCCUACAGUAAAGACAUUUCUAAGAAGAUUCUCCAGAGUUGCUCAGGAGAGUAUUGAUACUUCAGACUUGCAAUUUGAGUUCCUUUGCUGCUACCUUGCUGAGCUCAGUUUACUGGAUUAUAAUUGUGUGAAGUACUUGCCUUCUUUGGUGGCAGCAUCUGUUAUAUUUCUAGCGAGAUUUAUGUUGAGCCCGAAGAUGCACCCUUGGAAUUCAGCGCUUCAUCAACUGACCAAAUAUAAUCCUGCUGAUUUGAAGGAAUGUAUUCUAAACAUACAUGAUUUGUAUCUCAGUAGGAGAGGGGGAUCUUUGCUAGCUGUGAGAGAUAAAUACAAACAACAUAAGUUCAAAUGUGUGGCAACAACACCCUCUCCUCCUGAGAUACCUCUUUCUUUUUUCGAAUUUGGAGAGACAGAUCCUUAGGCAAUGGUAACUAUGCUUUUCUUGGUGUGGCUUUGGUUCCAACUUUGGCAGAGGCAUGAGAGAAGGUUCUCCUAACAUGAAGGUUCAGGUGGUUCACUGAUGCUGAUUGAGGUGCUUGCCAUGAAAUGCUAUGGCAUUUAAUCUAUCAAGUGCUGCCUCACUGACUUUAUGACUGAACUUGUGUGACAUAAGAGAAAAAAAAAUCCCUGUAGCUGAAUUAGGUUUUUUUACAGCAUUUUUAGGUUUUGUUUGGAAGAUUUCUCUGUAGGAGUUCUGAUUUCUUUGUAUGUAUAGGAAGUGCUAUACGUUUUCAUCAUAGUUGUUCUAUUCUAUGAUGUACCAGCUCUGAUGUUCAGAUUAAUUUUUAAGCAAUAAACUAGUGUUGGAUUGAUUACUUAAUGUAGCAAUUUCCUA